AUGUUUGGCCGCCGUGUCUUUGCCAGCGCCGGUGUACCGCGCCACAUGUGGGCCCCUCUUCACAUUCAAAGCAAUCGGCAGGCAAAUCGCGUCCUUCCGUCGCUCGCGCCACUGGCGUCGCUGGAAAACAUGAGGACCACGUUGAAACCUUUUCUGGAGACCUCUAAACUUGUGCAGGGUGGCGUUCUUAAGGACCUUUUGCCCAACGAAGAUGCUCUGUUGGCACAUAGCAGUCCAUUAAUGCCAUUCCUGGCUGUUUUGUGUUCACAAUCCCAUAGUUUUUUCUCGCCAUUUCUGGAGAAGACAUUAUUUGUUUUAACGCCGGCGCAUGGGAACAAAAAGAAUUGGGCCGUAGGAGCAAAUGGAGGCAGAACAGGCGCUUUGAGGAAAUGUUGA